AUGCAUCGUCUAUUCAACCACAAAAAAGGAAACUCCAUAUCCACCACAACUCCUUCCUCCACCGCGGUCCCCUCCUCAGCGAAGAGUACACCCGCGCAUGGCUCCGGUCACCGUCGCAACCACAGCGCGGCACCCGUCGCCGCUCCCUACAUCCCGCUCCCCAAGCCCACUAUGAUCAAGCCCACCGGCAUGUUCAAGCCCGCUCCGGCGCCCGUCCCCAUCCCGGAUCCCGCUAUACGAGAGACGUACGCGAACAACGAGCUCACCAAGCCGUUCUUCGCUACGCUCGAGGAUGGGUAUCUCGACGAUGUUCCAGACACUGUCCCCGUCAACAUUGCCCCGCGCCAUUUGAUCGAACGUGACGCGCUAGGCCGUCGUAAAGAACCCCCCGUGAUGUCUGGGACUGUCCGACCCUCCCAACGCACUCAGGGCGCCGCCCAUCCCGCGCGUUUCUCGGCUACCGUCUCUGGCCAAGCCGCCCAGGAUACCAAAACCCCUCCCAGCUCUCGUCCUAAGCACCGCGCCCACCUAUCCGACUCUGCUAUCCAACUCCUCUCGCCACGCUCUCGUGCCGACAGUCCACUCCCGCACGACAUUGCCGGCAAACCGCGGACCAUCCGCAAGACCGGUGCGCUCGAUGGGCCCCUGCCAAAGACGGUCGAGCCAGUCGGCCCGCCGCGCGAGAGUGUGUACCUGGAUGAUGUGCACGGAAGGUGGCUGUCCUCGUAUGCGGUCGAUCCCCUGCGGCCCCAUCUCAUGAUCAAAGUCCUCAACGCCGCCGAGCUGGAUGUCUUCAAGCGCGUGUACAAGGCCGGCAGAGUCAAAUUGGGUCCCGGCCGUAACUUCUGGAUUCGCCUAUGGAAUGAAGAACCCACUAGCUAUAUGCCCCGGCCUCUGAACCCACAUGUUUUCGUCCCGUCGGAGGUCAGAGAGGCAAUCGAGGAGCUCGUGAAGGAGGGGGAGGAGAAGGAAAAAGCCCGCCGGCGCGUCACGCGUCCACCGCCUGGAUCUAUCAUUGACGAUGACCUCUACAUCAACACCAAUCUCAGACAGGUCUACAAGCCGUCGGCGUCUGCCGCUGUGAAGCGCGUCGCUCGCGGAAAGGCCCUUCCUCCCAUUCCGAAGCCUCCUCCGCCCAAAGACCCGAACGCGUGGGUACCUCCUCCUCCGUCCAGAGGUCCCGGCCCCUGCCGCAAGCCUGGUAUGUUCUCAACGGGCAAGUAUCGUGAAAGCGGCUGGAAGGUGCCUGCUCAUAUCGACUACGGCUACGAUUGGCUUCCUCUUCACCUUCAUGAUAUGACGUCCGAAGAACUCGACGUUCUGUACGACAUCCUUCGCGACAAGAUUCUCUAUGACUGUACAUGCUGGAAGUCAAGGGAAGAACGCAUCCCAAGCCGGAUGCCGGGUGGCACCGUCCGUACUAUUUACAAUAACACGCUGCGGAACACUAUUAACCAGAACCUGGGCAUCUCCAUGCGCCACGCUCAGCGUCUCGCUCUCGAGAAGGUCCUCGCCGGCAUCCAGGAUCUGCCGUACGAUAAAUUGGAUGGGCCCUACGUGCAGGAGUACGAGUUCAAAGACAUCUACAAGGAGGUGCUGGUCAGCAUCGAAGAGAGGGAGGAGAAAAGGCAAAAGGAAGUCAGGAGGGGGAAUGUGGCGAGGACGGCCGUCGCUGUGCCGCCUGGCGCGAAACCGCCUGCCGACUACGCGUCUCGUCCGCUAUCCCAUUUCUGA